AUGUUUAACACACCCAACGAUUGCUUUGUCCCUUCAUCAACUUCUCCAUCCGGUUUAAUAUUCAAUCGACAACAUCAUACAUCUCGUUAUCAUCCGUACAAUCGAGUGCCAUCGACUUACUAUCCCAGCAAUGAACUGGAAACUUAUUCCUACGAUAACAAUAACGCUAAUUCUAAUCCAAAUCAUCAUACUUCGACUGUACAAAAUUACGAUCAUUCGAUGAUGCCAUACGAUUAUAAUCUUGCAUGGACAACAUCAUCGUCUUCGCUUGAACACGAUAUGAGCAUAGAAGGAGCAACGACGAUGGGCUCAAAUCUUGGUGGAACAGGGGCUCCUCGUUGUUUCAAACGACGUGUAUCAGCUAACAAAAAAGAGCGCCGUCGGACACAAUCGAUAAACACCGCCUUCUCCGAUCUUCGCACUGCAAUUCCGAAUGUUCAACCUGACACAAAAUUAUCCAAAAUCAAAACACUGAAACUAGCUACGAAAUACAUUGAAUUCCUCAUGGAUAUUCUCGCUAAAGAUGAUCCAACGGCUAUGCCUAGUGCCUUCAAAGCAGAGAUUAUCAAAACACGAAAGGAUCAUCGAGAUCUAAUGAAAUUUGAUAACACUCUAUCACCACGUAAAAUCAAAGGACGAACAGGAUGGCCACAAGCUGUCUGGCAAUCUGAAUUGAAUCGCAAUGAAAACUUUCAGCAAAAUCAAUCACCCAAUGAAAUCAAUCUUUUACCUCCAACACUUUUAAACCAAGUCCAUUCGGGUAGCUUAUCAAAUUCUCCCACACUUUCUCAUAGUAGCUCGUCAUCCAGCACAAAAACACACAAAUUACGUACAUAUGACAAGUCAUAUUUAAGAAAUAACAAUGCAAAAAUGCGAUAG